AUGGUCUUUAAUCACUUUGUGCGACAUAGUGGUGGACCUUCCUCCACAUCCAAAAGCAACCAAAAGGAAGUAAUGGGGGAUCAACCAAGCGCUGUCAAAGUGGAGGGUUUUGAACAACGUCAAUCUUUGACCCCUACCAAUAAGGCCAUGAGCACGGGUUCAGACAAGGCAACACCAGCCUCAACUGCAGUGUGCGCGGCUGAAGAGGGAGAUCGCCCCAUAAGGGAACGCCCAGUUUUAGAGUUCCCCGUGGACGGAGGUUGGGUCAAUUACAUGGCACUGCGAAACGUCAUGGACGAGUCUGACCUCAAGAUGUAUCUUUGUUUCACUCAGAUGGACUCGGCCAAAAUAGACAUAGUCCUGCCCAUUUUGGAGUCAAAGGAGUUCCCCGUUGACGGAGGUUGGGUCAAUUACAUGGCACUGCAAAACGUCAUGGACAAGUCUGACCUCAAGAUGUAUCUUUGUUUCACUCAGAUGGACUCGGCUGGAAUAGACAUAGUCCUGCCCAUUUUGGAGUCGAAGGGUGUCAAUCACUUUGACUUGUUCUUAUUCCGGGAGUAUGUCAACAUGGAACUUUUAAAGUCUUGGGAUAUUUCGCCCGGUUCUGCUGCUCGGAUGAUGCUCUAUCCACUCAUGUUCUACCAAUUCCAAGUGGAAUUGGACGGGGAAUUUGUUUAG